CAUGUUAUUCUGAUGCUCUCAGUAUGUGGCGUCUAUCAAAGAAGAGAGCUAUACGUGUCAAUUGUGAUUUGAAGGAUGUACGCAGCAAAAUGAUCACCAUCGAUUUGAGUAGUGACUUGAAGGAAGAAAUUUAUACCAUGCCUCUUUUGCAUUCAUAAAACUCGAAGAUAAUUCACAGUUAGGUUGUGAUUUUUUCAAUGAAUAAUAUUAUUCCACCUAAACAAUGUGAUUAUCAAUUUAUUAUCCCAUUGAUGACGUUUUUAUUUAUUAUUUCAAUUGUUAGUAUUGAUUUUGUAUGAGACUCAAGUUUCCAUAAAGCGUCAAUUUCAUUUUAAAAAUGUUUGGAUUCCAUCUAGAUUAACUUUUUCUUUGAAUUGAACAUGACACGUGCUGUUUCAUAUUCAGGGAGGAAUUAUAUACCAAUAAUGUUGAUUAAGUCAAUUAUUAUAGUUUUUUUUCUCAGACAUUUUCUCUCGUGUGUAGGGCAUGAAUUGUGCGAGGGACUUGGAGGGUGGUACAACAUACUCAUUAAGUUUGAUUUUUUUUCUAAUUUGAAAUUAAAUUUUCCCGAAGAUAAUUUCAUUAUUAUUAAUUAAUGGAAAUAGGUCAAGAAAUAAUUAUAAAAAAAAUUUGGUAAAUUGAACUUUACUUUCUUUUAAUAUUAAUAUGGCACGAGGAAGUGACGUCUGUGAUCUAAAAGAAUAUCGUCAUCUGUCGAUAAAAAAGUCUCAGUUCUUUCUCCCUAUGGAGCAACUGUUUAUGUAUAUAUUAACUCUCCGGCUCUCCACGUCGAUUCGUUUUUGUACCAAUAAUAUUGAGUAGAAAUCUCUUCUCAAUAAUAAGCCAUAUAAUCCCAUAUUAAUGAUAACCGUCUGUCUGUUCAAUAUUCAUUCCUUAGAAUACGCAAAAUAAUUGAAAAAAAACUGAUCUUCCUCAGGAUAAAGUGUUGGAAACACAACAUGAUAAACACUAUUUAUUUUCUAAAUGAAUUGAUGGUGGUUUUUGUGAAAAGUCGCAAUUUAAUAGAAUCAUCAAGUUCUGUAUCAGUGUGUGUGAGACGCCCGGUACGCGGCUCGAGUUACUCAUAGCUCUCGAGCUCGGCAGUGUGUACGUUUUUUGCGUCUCUGUCGGUGGCCAAACAAACCCUAAAAUUCCUAGAAAUAACCUGAUCGUGGUUUCAUUGAAGUGUAGCAAUACAAUAAAAAAAAUUCAGUGCUGUAUCAGUGUGUGUGCGUUGAGCCGCCCGGUACACGACUCGAGUCAGUCAUAGCUCUCGAGCUAAGCCGUCUGUACGUUUUGUGCCUCCGUUUCGGUAGGCAAAUAAGCCCUAAAGUUUCUACGAAUAAUCAAAGCUCGACACACAUAAUUUUCUAAAUUAAUUGAGAGUGACUUUGUUGCAAAGUGACAAGUGACAACAGACAAGUGAAUCGACUGAGGCAUUGCGUGAGGUGGCGUGAGUUCCGAGAACGCAUUACAGUCGCCACUUUCUUUGAUUUUUUUUCUCCUAUUGACACGUAUUUCAUGACAAGACGGUUUCAGUGAACUCAGUGUGCCAGGUAAGAUAUAAAAUAUAAUAUAAUUGAGUUAUUAUAGGGUAAAAUAUAGAAGUACUUCAUACAUGCAAUGAGGUUAGAGAAAUCUCUCUGUGGCGUCUCUGAAAAACGUAUUUAACUUUGAGAUUGAUUGCAUCACAAUUAAUAUAAAUUUAUUUUUGUAUAUUUCAUUUAUUAUUUGGGGAAAUAUUUCAGUUAUUUUCUGGUCUUUGAUUCACAAAUUGCCAAAUUGAAAUUUAUUAGAUCAUAUCACAGUAGUGUGGUUCGUCUCGAGUGAGUGUGUGUGGCUUGGGCAUCGUUCGAGCAACCGGCCGGUACACGUUUCUAUCAUGUAUCGACUUAUAAUCGAACAUUAUAAUAGAACGAUUCCAGGGAAAUUUCGAAUAAUUUUAAUAGUUCAUUACAGAAUGUCGAAUCCUACUUUCAAAAAUUAUAAGUACCUACUCGUCCAUUUUAUUGAGGAAGGAGCUACUUUCGACAUUGCGGCUAAUCCCUGGGUCAAAUAUGACGAGAAGAAAAAACAAUUCUUGAGUUUGUUUCACGCUGGUGAUGAAUCCGAGCUGACAGAAUCAUUAUUGAGAACCUAUAAUGCUCCUCCCUAAAGAUGGAAAUAUUAUCCGGUCGACCUGAGAGGGGGUGCAGACACAUAUGAUAUUGCAUUGGAACGACUACAGAACUUGAAAGACCUUCCAUACGGCUUCUCAGAUCACGAGUACAGUCAACAAAAAAUUGAAGGAUUGAAAAAAAUGAUUAGAUUAAGAAAGACGAAUCACAAUCAUUAUGAGAUCAAAGGCCUCUUUUCUCAGGCAGGUGGACCUCUAGAUGAUAAGGAUGAUGAUAGGAUUUCAACAGAAGUCGAUGAGUCUUCGGAUACAGGAGAUAAAGAAAACGUUAAAAAGCAGAGAAAUAAACGUUCUGACGGAGAAAGAAAACGCAAGCAAAUUGUCGCCGAUUCCUCACCGGAAAUGGAGAUUGAAAAGUCAUCGAAACUUCGUGAGGAACGAAGGAAAGUUGUCUCCGAUUCUUCACCCGAAGAAUUUGUCAAACGUAAGAAGAUCAGUAAGAAAAAGACAGUUUUCACAGACUCUUCACCUGAACCAUCUUCUAAACGUCGAAGAAUUGAGAAAAAAAAGACGGACCAAGGCAGCACUGAAAUUGAUAAAGAAAUGGAAAUUGCAAGGUCUAAAUCAUCGACCAGUAAAAAGACAAAAACUCAAGGACUUUUGACAGCCUCCUCCGCUUCAAAUAUCACAAAUUCAGAUCAAAAAGUAGUUGGAGACCAUGAUGUUACUGACAGUGUGGAUGUUCAACCUUCGUCAUCCAGACGCAGAUUCGACUGUGAGAAAAGGAGAUCGACAUCAAUGAUGGACGAUUCUCCUCAAUCUACGCCCAAGUCCUCCCACGCAAGCAUAGUGCAUACUCCAGCUACAUUUCCUCGAAUAAAGUCGACAGUGGCCCUUGCUCAACAUCUUCCAAAUUCGGACCAAGACUCUCAUCAACUUCUACUAUUAUGUCUUCGACUGUUGCGGAAUUUAACAUCAGCGGUGGGCCAGUUAAAAGGAGACAUGGUGCAGAUGCGCGAGGAUUGGUCCAAUGACCGCAGAAGAAACGUUGAGAGACAGGUACCCCUCAGUGGGAAUUUGCAUCAUCAUUAUUGUGACAGCGUUGAUAAGUUUAAUCAGUUCAACAACAGGCUCCUCCGUGAGCAAGAUUUCCGUAACACCAUUUGUGCCCGAAUUUCUAGUCUCAUCAAUGUAAAGAAAUCCUUAUCGAAGAACAUUGGUUUCAUCCUGAAGCCUCUUAUGACUAAAGAACUUCUCCAGCACUAUACUGCCCAAAAAAAGACGGGAGACAAGUUGUUAUUCACAACUUUACCAAUAUGGUCUUGCAUAAAAGAGGAAUUAAAGAAAGAAGCCAGCAAAAAGAAGAUUCCAGAGUAUAAAGAUGCAGAACUGUUGCAAGGCUUGGGUGGUACCAUCAAUAAUUGUCGUUCCUGGAAGAAAAACAACGAGGACCACAAUGACAAUAAUGGCAGAGAUGAGGAGGCAGCUGGAGGAAAUGUUGUGGAAGAUGGUGCACAAAAUGCAGACGACUGAAUGGACACUAAAAAAUAUGACUUAAAAACAUGUAAAGGUAUUCUUUUAAUAAAUAAAAAUGCUGGUACAUUCCAAAAAUAAUAAAUCAACAAGUGUUGAACGAUUUAUUUGAACGGGGUCCCGAGCGACUGGGCUGACACUGA